UAGAAGUAUUUCCAAACUCUGUAAGCAGUGCUAGGGGAAGUUUAAUCAGAUUGAUGGCCUGCCUUUCAUUUGACUAUGAUGUUUAUGUUUCCUUAUAUUAUGCCAGUAUUCAAAUGUAGGCUCGGUUAGACCAGCAGACAAAGGAAAGGAGGAGGUCCACAGAAACACUAUGAUAUCAGCAAAGGUUCACACUCACAAAAACCUAUGAUGAGACUCUGCUUUCUGCUGACUACCUGAUUUGAAAUUGAAGGACUGACCAAGAAUCCGCAGGUGAUAAACAGGCAAGUCAGUGUGGCAGUAUCCUGUCUCUGUCCCGUCAUGGUGCCUGCAGUCCACCUAGCUUUUAAGGCUGGUGCCAAACGUUGAAUGUAACCAUGGAGUCGAAAGAUGACCUGGAGUCCAUGACAGUGCCACAUGAAGGCACCCCUGACCUGGAAUGUGCCAUCUGCUACAGCCAGUUCAACAAUGUCUUCCGAACACCCAAGAAGCUGCAGUGCAAGCAUACCUUCUGCCUGGAGUGCCUGGCCCGCAUGAACGUCAAGUCGUCUGAGCCCGACACCAUCCAGUGCCCGUUUUGUCGGGCUCUUACCCCAUUACCCACUUUGGGACUCCCCAAGUUGGACAAUGAUGCGACCGUCAUGUCCAACCUCCCGGAGGCCAUGCAGCGCGUCUACAGCAUCCGCUUCAUCCGCAGCAAAGCCCGGCUGCAGGUGAAGCACCCCCAGCAGGUGGCGCCACUGCCCCAGCUUCGCACCGUCAGCAGCUCCCUGGAUGUGGGUCCCCCAAGGACCACCAGCCAAGCUGACAGCCAUGAAACUGGCACCCUUCACAGGGUGUCCUGCAUGCCGUCCUGCAGAGUGUUUAUCACGGUAACCAUUCUUGUCCUCAUUGUCUCAUUCAUCUGCAUUAUCAUCAUCAUGAUGAAAAGAACAUAGCUGCAAAACAAAAGCAUCACAUUGACAAUUUCAUGCAUUUGAAACCUAAUAAAUGGUACAAGCUUAUAGUGCUCAGGCUCAGUUAGACCGCACAUUUUUUGUUGACUGAGACUCAACACACUGACUGUGACUUUAAGUGACACAAAGCUCCUCCAAGAUUACAGGUGCAUCUCUUUGCUGCUGGAAACACAAUCAUGCCACAUUUUGGUCCUUAAACCAAACCCUCUGCUUCGAAGAGGCAUCUCUGCUUCAGAUCAUGGAGGACAACAAAAUGUACCAACAUCCGCACAGU